CAGAAGCGCGGGUUUCGCGGCUUCACCCGCGGUUCCCGGGCGAGACAGACAGACAGACAGACAGAGGCAGACUGGGCACCGGGGAGACAGGAGACCGGGGUAGACUGAGGAUCGGUGGAGACAGGAGAGGGGAGACAGAGUGUGGAGACCGGUGUUGACAGGGGGUAGACCGAGGGUGAUAGACAGAGGGGGGAGACGGGGAGACAGAGGGUGGAGACGGGGAGACAGGGGGUACCGCUCUCCCAGCGCCGACACAUGCAGCCGCUCUUAUCGCUGACCUCUAGAGCAGCCUCCACACUGACAACGACCUCACUCCCAGCUUAAGAUGGAGUGUUUGAAAUUAAGGGAUCUUUUGAGUUUACGAAAGGGAAAGUGUGAUAUAGCUCCACACUCUCUGAACGAUGAAGUACAAAAUGUGCAAAAGGAGAACAGGUUCAGGGGGUCGCCCAGGACCCCGGUGAAAUCGGAGUUGGUGCCGGGCGGCGUUCCCAGACGCAAGUGUUGUACCCCGGAUCGGAUUCAGCUGACGCCCAGCAAGCCACUGGACAAGCCGUCGCCCGAGCCCUGGUCCCCCACAGCCAACCUGCGGAUGCUGAUCAGCGCCGCCAGUCCCGACAUCCGCGACAGGGAGAAGAAGAAGGAGCUCUUCAGGCAGAUUGAGAACGAGAAGGUCCCACCGGCUGCCGACGUUAUUCAGCUCACGGCAGCAGCAGCAGCCGCCGCCCAGGAGGGAGCGCCCGACGAGUUUGAGCAUCAGAGGCCCAGCAGGAAGCAGAAGAGCCUGGGGCUGCUGUGCCAGAAGUUCCUGGCCCGCUACCCCGACUACCCGCUGCCCACCGAGAAGACGGACAUCUCCCUGGACGAGGUGGCGGCUGAGCUCGGAGUGGAGCGACGGCGUAUCUAUGACAUCGUCAAUGUGCUGGAGUCUCUGCAGCUGGUGAGCCGUGUGGCCAAGAACCAGUACUGGUGGCACGGGCUGCCCGGCCUCGCCCUCACCCUCGGCGUCCUCGGGAGGAGAGGGGAACAGCUGGGCUACGCCCAACAACUGGCACAGCUGCAGCGGCAGCUGGAUGGCAAGGAGGAGGAGGAGGAGGGGAGAGACGUGGGCCAGGUACUGGGCACCGGGCCCCAACCAGCCUCUCCCAACACCAGGAGCAAAGCAGUGUGCAUGAACAGCAGGAAGGACAAGUCUCUGCGCAUCAUGAGUGAGAAGUUUGUGAUGCUCUUCCUUGUGGCCGAGCCCAGGACGAUCGCCCUCGACGCUGCGGCCAAAAUCCUCAUCGAGGACGGGCAGCCCGAGAGCGCGGACAACAGCAAGUUCAAGACCAAGAUCCGGCGGCUGUACGACAUCGCCAACGUACUCACCAGCCUGGGACUCAUCAAGAAGGUUCACGUCAACGAGAGGGGCCGCAAGCCGGCGUUCAAGUGGGUCGGACCCGUCACCCCGGGCAGGCCUGACGGGACAGUGGAUGCAGAAGAUCCAUGCGGAAAAAUGGCGCAGCUGGCCGCUGCAUGCAGGCUCCAGUUCGAAGAAGACUGCAAAGACUUGGAAUGUGGUCGGGAGGAUGGAAGUGUGCGGCAGGAGGUUGCUCCUAUGGUGGACACUCCUGUGGCCGGCUCCCGCGCCGAGCCCGUCGCUCACACUGACCACCGGUCGACCACCUGCCUCCACGGCGACGGGAACGAUGGCGGCGUUCCCCCACCGGGCCCCGGCUCGGACGAAGGCUUCUCCGGUUUCCACGGCAGCCAGCCCUUAGUGCUGCUACAGGGACUGCCCUCUGCCCCCCUGCUGCUGAUGUACGGCAAAGUGGACCCCAACGCGCUGCCCCGACCCUCCGACCCGGGAGAGACGACCCCGCUCGCAACCGGGAAGCGGACGGACGGGGAUCUCCGCAAGCGCCGUCUGGCGGAACGAACGCCGCUUCCACACGUGCAAGAGGAGGAAGACCGGCCCACAGCAAAACGCCACAGAGCUCUGUGUUCCUCUGAGUGUGACUUUGCCCACAUCUAUUCAUCAGCACUCUCUGCAGACAAGACCCCGCUGUCAGGCAUUCCAACCCCCACCUACAUCACCGCCAACACUCAGAUGGGACAACCCCACACCGGCCCCUGCCUCCCCGCUGCCUCCGGUCUGAGUGAUUUGAACUUGCUUCUAGCAGCUGCCCACGGCCAGGAGCGGUUCACCAUCCCCCUCAGGCACCUGGGCCCGACCAGCCUCCCCUACCAGGUGAUGGUGCCCGUCUUCUGCCAGGCCCUGCCCUCCACUGUGUCUGCCAGCAGCUCCCUCCACCUGGGCCUCCUCCCCACCGCCCAGCUCCUGAUGGGCCGACUUCCUUCCUCUCCUCCGGCCAGCCCUGCCGCCGGAUCCUCCUCGCCGGAGCGCCACGCUCUCUCCACCGCGCUUGGCUCCCGGGAAAGCCCUCCGUCCGAGCCGGACCACCCUGCCCUUCAACCUAUUGCAAUCAUCAAGCUGCAACACCAGCCUGCGGCGGACGUGGUACGCAAGGACGUUCAGCGGCCGUACGUGGAGACCUACUUCCACACGCCUGUCCCUGCAGCUCAGCGCAGACAGCUGGAACGAGUGCAGAUCAAAACUGCAUCGCCCGCCCAACGCAAGCUGGAUAUCGAGACCAGCAUCGGCAAGUGAAUUCACCCACUCCCCCACCUGCCCAUGCCGGGGUGUCACCCCCCCCCCCCC